AUGCGCGCGACGGCGACGCGCGCGACGGCGACGGCGACGGCGACGGCGACGCGCGCUUCGACGCGCGCGCUUCGACGCGCGCGCGCCGCGACGACGGCGCGGCGCUUCGACGCGUCGAGACGCGCGGCGUCGACGUCGAACGAUGGCGACGGGAGCGACGACGCCGACGCGAGCGACGCGACGCCGACGCGAGCGAAGCGAGACAAACCGCUGCCCGGGUCGGGGGUGAAUCUGUACGACCCCGUGGCGACGGCGUCGAGGUUCCUGACGCGACGGUUCGGCAUCGUCGGGGGGCUCGGUUUGGUCGCGCUCCUCGCGAGCGUGGAGGGCGGGGAAAUCGUAAAGGCGUUGCUGGAGCGCGACGUGGACGUGUCGACGACCGCGGAGGAGUUCGCGGUGGAGGGCAACGCGAAUGGGUUGCGAGCGCGGGACGUGAAGAUCGGCGGCGGGGCGAGCGCGAAGCGAGGAGACUUCGUCGGCGUCAACUUGACCGUCGUCGACGCCGAGGACGGCGUCGAGUACUUGAACACGAAGAAGGCGAAACGACCGAUCGCGUUCACGUACGAGAAGAAACCGUUGUUGGCACCGAUUUGUGAAGCGAUCGAGGACGGCGUGCGGACGAUGAAAAGGGGCGGCGUGCGACGGGUGUUCGCGCCGAGCGCGGCGGCGUUCGGCGAACGCGGCGUCGUCUUGACGGAUGGCACGCGCAUCAAGCCGAAUCGCGACUUGAUCAUCGACAUCGUGCUCGAGGAGGUGUCGCCAUCGUACGUGUAA